AUGGAAGCGGCGAAUGAACCUGAGGUUACUCAACUCCUCCAACUCCUCGAUGUGGAAUUGAUCAAAGAAGAAGUCGAAUCCCUCCGACCGAACUAUAAAGUAAUCAAGAUCCACAAGAAGCCUAAUAGCAUGGAAAACAUCAACGAAUGGAAAGGUCAAUUCAACCUCCAGAUCAAGAUUGAUUUCGACGAUGGGAAAAGUUGGAUGAUGAGAAUUAGACGUAAAGCAGGUAUCAGACCAUACCCUGAUGAACCGCUUAGGAUGAACCUCAAGGGUGACGUGGCGACCUGUGAAGUACUUUACAAAGGUGGUAUUGCCGUGCCGUACUCCAUUAUAAGACCUGGAGAUAGUAAACUCCACCCCAAGUUGAUGUAUUGUUAUCAAACUUUCAUCGAAGGUUCCCCAUGGAAAGAUUUCGCCCCUUCCAAACCUCGCGAUCAGCCAUUGAGCCCUUCUACCCAGAGCCACAUCGAAAGUAUCGCCAAAUGGUUCAUAUACAUGGAAGGAAUCAAAUUUGAUAAAAUUGGAAGUCCAACUUUCAACCUGGAGUCAAGAGAAGAAGUUGUUAUCGGUCCUCUUAUCGAACGACAACCAUCUAUGACAUUCCCACCAUACUUCGGCGGUCCUUUCAGAACUGCCAAAGAACGUUAUCUAAGUACUAUAAACGGUCGUCUGGAAGCCUUGAAAGCCCGGACUCUCGUCGAUCCUUCCAGAGAGGUACCCAUCUAUCUCGCUUUGUUGGAAUUGAAAGAAUUGAUGGGGGAUGAUCUGGAGCUGGGAAGAGAUACGGGACCUUUUUAUAUCAGACAUGCCGAUGAUCAUUGGGAUCAUACGAGGACCAAGGAAGGUGGCAAUGUAACAGGUAUAAUUGAUUGGGAGUGGGCAUACACCACGACUAAAGCUGAAGCAUUCGCUUCACCAAUGUAUUUCCUACCUUCCGAAUUCUAUCAUGAGGGCAGUAACGACAUGUUCUCUCCUCGGGAAUAUGCACUCAUCGAAGCUUACCAAUCGCUCGGACGAGAUGACUUGGCGGACUGUGUGAAGAAUGGAAGAAAGUAUCAACGAUUGAUCUACUUCUUAAAAUGUAUGUUCACCAAUGUCCUCGAGCUGAACGCCAUUAGAAAAGCUUUCUUGAAGAUCCCGGAUGAGGUGGAUGAUGACAUGCCGAAGACGGAGGAAGAAUGGGUGGAGAAGAUGUUGAUUAAAUGGCAGGAAGAUGAAGGAUUGAGGUAUUUGGUCGAGAAUUCUGUGGUCGAACCCGUUUUACCUGAACAAAAUUGA